CCAGGCAAGCGGCUAAGUACCACAAACAUCUUUCCCCACCGAUCAGGGACCAUUGCCGCAGCCAUGGGCAAAGGCGACCUGAACAAGCCCCAGGGCAAGAUGUCAUCGUACGCUUAUUUCAUGCAAAUGUGCCACGAGGAGCAUAAGAAGAAGCACCUGGACACUUCCGUCAACUUUUCCGAGUUCUCCAAGAAAUGCUCCGAGAAAUGGCGGACAAUGUCAGCAAAAGAAAAAGGCAAGUUUGAAGAAAUGGCAAAGGGUGACAAAGUUCGUUAUGAUAGGGAGAUGAAAAGUUAUAUUCUUCCUAAAGGGGAGAAGAAGAAGAAAAAGGACCCCAAUGCCCCCCAAAGACCACCAUCUGCUUUCUUCCUGUUUUGUUCUGAGCAUCGCCCAAAGAUAAAAAGUGACCACCCAGGUUUGUCUAUUGGUGAUACAGCAAAGAAACUAGGCGAAAUGUGGUCUGAGCAAACAGCAAAAGACAAACAGCCCUUUGAGCAGAAGGCAGCAAAACUAAAGGAGAAGUAUGAGAAGGAUGUUGCAGCAUAUUGUGCCAAGGGGAAGGUAGAUGCAGGAAAGAAAGGUCCAGGUAGGCCAGCCGGCUCCAAGAAGAAAGUAGAACCUGAGGAGGAGGAGGAGGAGGAGGAGGAGGAGGAGGAGGAGGAAGAUGAAGUGUGAAGUUAUAAAGCUGCUGUAAAGAUUUUGUGCUCAAAAGUCAAUAAUUUUGCUAAGAAUGUGAAGUCGAGUGCAGCUCAUUGUUAGCUUCAGUAUAAAAACUGUACAGAAUUGUGUAUAG